GGCAUCGCAUUCGGUUACUGUCCAUCGGCAGCUGAUCCUCCAAAGGCUAUCUAUCAACUAUGAAGUGCCUCGUCGCUAUCCUCCUCGUGGCUCUCGUAGCCGUCGCCAUGGCGGUGGAGAAGACGCCCGAGGCUGAGAAGGCACCGCAGCCUGCCGAAACCGCCAGGGACAAGAGAGGCCUCGCGUAUUCGCCGUAUUAUUCGCCGUAUGCGUACGCCGCCCCGUAUGCGUACUCACCUUACGCAUAUAACGCGUAUAACGCUUACAACUUGCCGUACAGCUACUCUCCGUACGCCUACCAUGGCUACCACCCCUAUUACCGUUACAACUAUCCAUAUUACAACACCCCUUACUACUAGUUUGAAGCAUCGAAAUGCAACGGUGACUCGAGAAGACGAAAAUUUCAUGGAAGCCUCAUUACCUCAAGGAAACCUCACGGAAGAUGUUUUGCUCACGCAUUGUAAUCCAAUCGAUUCCAAAACUCUUGGUGACCGCAGAUCUGUUCGUAUCUGACUUCUUUGACUGUCGAUUUCUUUUUUCUAUGCUUAUUGUAAUAAUAAAAUUAUGCUACAUAUGAAA